CGCGCCAAGAGGGCAUCUCUUUGGGGGCACAAAACUUUCAACUACGCUUGAUAUUCUCACUAAUCAUCAGCUUGUCGCACAGGCGACCACGCCGUGUCUGUCCACCUGUUCUGUAGAUCGCUCACUACUCGACUCAACACAUCAUACACUUUAAAUUAACAUGGGCGACGACAUUGAUGCUGAGCUUGCAGGCAUCGGCAAGGAGCUCGACAAGGACGCGGAGAUUGAGCGCAUCCGCGGCGUCUUCAGCCUCGAUGCAUACGCCGUCCUCGACCUCCAACCCGGUGUCCCCGAAUCCGACAUCAAAAAAGUCUACCGCGCCAAAUCUCUCCUGAUCCAUCCCGACAAGACCAAGAACCCGCUCGCACCCGAUGCCUUUGACCGCCUGAAGAAAGCCCAGACCGUGCUCCUCGACGAGAAGCUGCGUGCCGAGCUGGAUGAGAACAUUGCGGAUGCGCGCAUGUUGCUCAUGCGCGAGAAGAACCUUACGGCCGACGACGAGGAGACGCGCGGUGAAGAAUUUGCAAAGGAGUGGCGACAAAAAGUCAUCUGGGUGAUUCGAGACAACGAGAUGAGGAAACAGAGGCAGAUGAAGGCGGCUAUGCGCGAGGAGGGCAGGCAGCAGCGCAAAGAGGAGGAGGAGGCCAAGGAGCGCAAACGCAAGAGGGAACAAGAGGACGCCUGGGAAAAGACAAGGGACACGAGAAUUAACAGCUGGAGAGACUUUCAGCAAGGCAAAAAGCCCGACACUGCUGAGGGCGGCGCUAAGAAGAAGAAAAAGAAGGUCAAGGCCUUGGGAUAGGAUUGUGCUCCGUUGAAACAACGAGAUCUGUUUGCAGUCGGUCGAUACGCUGCUCAAUAUCCAGUGUAUCGACACGUUCGACAUGACCCAGCCAUGUGGGCCGUCUUGAGACAGACUCGCUGGUCCACCACAACACAUCCGCCGAGUCUUUGAAAGAAAAGAAAAACCCCCAUGCCAAUGUUUUUUAGAUUUCCAUUUUUCUACAUAACCUCGAU